GAUCAAGUCAACUCAUUUCAAUUGGAGAGGACAAAACCAACCAUUUCUCUUGGCUCUCUGAUUAAUAAAGACCAUCAAAAUGGCACACCAGUUUCCCACACUUUCCACGGAGCAGAAGAAGGAGCUGCAUGAGAUUGCCCUGCGCAUCGUGUCCACUGGGAAGGGAAUUUUGGCUGCAGAUGAGUCUGUGGGGAGCAUGGGGAAACGUCUCAAUCAGAUCGGUGUUGAGAACACAGAGGAGAACCGACGUCAGUACCGGCAGGUUCUAUUUAGCGCUGAUGAUCGCAUCGACAGCUGCAUUGGCGGUGUCAUCUUCUUCCAUGAGACACUGUACCAGACCUCUGAUGAUGGCACACCCUUUGUCAAGAUGAUCAAGGACAAGGGCAUCACUGUGGGAAUUAAGGUUGACAAGGGUGUUGUGCCUUUGGCCGGAACAAAUGGGGAAACGACAUCACAAGGACUUGAUGGCCUAUCAGAGCGUUGUGCUCAGUACAAAAAGGAUGGGGCUGUCUUUGCCAAGUGGCGUUGUGUGUUGAAGAUCAGUGAUAGCACCCCCUCUAACCUUGCCAUCAAAGAGAAUGCUAAUGUCCUUGCCCGCUACGCUAGCAUUUGUCAGCAGCAUGGUAUUGUGCCAAUUGUUGAGCCUGAAAUCUUGCCCGAUGGAGAUCAUGACCUGAAAUGUUCUCAGUUUGUCACAGAAAAGGUGCUGACAGCAGUAUACAAAGCAAUGUUUGAGCACCACGUGUAUCUGGAAGGUACACUGCUGAAGCCCAACAUGGUGACUCCUGGCCAUAGCUGCCUGACCAAAUUCAGUCCUGAAGAGGUUGCCUUGGCCACAGUGACAGCCCUGCGUCGUACUGUUCCCCCUGCCGUCACAGGGAUUACCUUUCUGUCCGGUGGACAGAGUGAGGAAGAGGCCUCUGUUAACCUGAAUGCCAUCAAUAACUGCCCUCUAGUGAAGCCCUGGGCCCUCACCUUCUCCUUCGGCCGAGCCCUACAAGCAUCUGCCCUGAAGACCUGGCGCGGCGUGAAGGACAACGAGAGCGCAGCCACAGAGGAGUUCAUCAAGAGAGCAGAGGUCAACAGCCUGGCCUCCCAGGGGAAAUACACCGGUGGUGGAGACGGCAGUGGAGGAGCUGCUCAAUCAAACUACAUUUCUCACCAUGCAUACUGACCAAGCCUGCAGUGAUGCCACACACCCACAAUCCAAAUAGUUGGCCAAUAGACAACCUCACUGCCAUGAUUGUGACCAUGUUCUUGCAGCACGGGCUCAUAUGCCCCACCCACACCCCCAAUAUUUUAGAAUAAAUGUUAUUGACAGAAUGUAUGUAUUGGUGUUGUGUUGAGUGGACUUCAAUGUGUUGCGUGGACUUCAAUUUGUUAGCACUUACUGAUCACUACACAUACUUUCCUAUAGGCCUAAGUAGUAUUCAGACAUGCAAAAAGAGACAGGCAAAGUUCCAUGGCCGACAAACAAAUGAGCAGGGCUGAUACCACAGUGACAUGAUAAUGGAAAGUUGCAUUAAACAGGUAUAGGUCUAAAUGCAACUUUCAACUAUUGCACAUGUUGGACAUUGUAAGGGAAGCCUACAAAUCAUCACUCUCAGCAGUAGUACAACUAAAGAAAUCAGUGGUGAGCUGUUUAGAUUUAUGCUAUCUUUAUUUGUGUCGUAACCUCAGUAGGCCUAUAGCUACAGGUUCUGGUUUGAGCCUAGGCUGUGUUUGGCACGAGGCCUCAAUGGAACUAGAUUUCUUGUGACUGCCCAUUUUUGGUUGUUUGUUAAUUACACAUUAUUGUGAACAUGUUCAAGUAAUAAAAUUCUAGACU